CAAGCCCAGCACACAUAGCUAUAACCCAUCGAUCGAUUAGUAGGAAGUUCAGUUAGUGAACAGCAGAGACCGAUCGAGCAGGUCUUUCAAACAAAGAUCAUACGUGUAGAAUUUGGAUGGCGUCGAUGUCGGUUAACUCGUCGAGGCCGCAGUGGACGGCGAAGCAGAACAAGCAAUUCGAACAAGCGCUGGCGGUGUACGACAAGGAGACGCCGGACCGGUGGCACAACAUCGCGCGCGCCGUGGGUGACAAGUCCGCCGACGAGGCCAGGCGCUACUACGAGCUGCUCGUGGAGGACGUCAAGCGCAUAGAAGCUGGCAGGGUGCCCUUCCCGGCAUACAGAUGCCCCGGCGGCGCCAUGGGCGGGUACGAGGCUGACAGGCUGAAGCACCUGAAGAUCUAGGUGGCGUACAUGAACGACUACGAACAUACUGCUAUGCAUGUCGGGCUACAAGCAGCAAGUGACCAGGACUCCUAGAUCUUUCACCUGAAGAUCCAGGAGCAUGCAUCGAUCGAUAUCCGAUUAUGCAUGCGUGUAAAUAAGCAUUACUUACUAAUCUGUACAUCAAUCCACCUUUGUGUACUGUCCGUCCCAUAUGUACAAUCUCAUGCAUGUGUAUCGCUCUUUAACGCGUGUAUAUAGGAGAAAUGGAAACGAAUAGCUGUCUCAUUCAGCA